AUGCAGCAGUUGGAAUCUGCUCGUGUAUCAGUUGAGGCCUCUCAAAGGCAGUAUUUGGACCUGUUGACCAGUGGGAGGGCUGUAGCUGGACCCUCAUCUUCUUCUUCAUCACAACCUCAAGAAUGGAGUCUUGAGAGUUUCUUGGAGCAUCGUCCAGCCAAGUCUAAUGGCCAGGUUAGCCCGGAUGAGGCGGAUAGGUGGUUUAGAGAUAUGGAGCACAUCUUUAAUGCCAAGAGGUGUUCAGAGGAAAAUAGAUUGGCUUUCACGGAAUACUUACUAUCUAGGGAAGUUAGUCAUUGGUGGAGUAGCAUGAGGACGCUACUAGAGGGCAGUAACACUCCUAUCACUUGGGAGUUGUUCAAGGGGAAAUUCUAUGUUGAAUAUUUUUCUAACAGCGUCAGAUUUGCCAAAGAGAUGAAGUUUCUUCAGCUGGUUCAGGGAAAUAUGUCAGUCUCUGAAUAUGCCGACCGGUUCAAGCAUCUGAUCAGGUUUUAUACAGUGCCUAUGAGUGCAGAUUGA